GCACAUUUGAGAACAAUAAUACUCUCCAAUGGUUAGUGGUGAAUCUCCCCGAGAUUACUCGGUCGGGUCGGAUCGAAUGGUUCGGUCCGACCCGAUUUGCGUGCGGGAGGAGGGGAAGAGGGCAAAGAGGAUAAGGGGAGGAGGGGAUAACACCCGGCACCCGGUCUACCGCGGGGUGAGGAUGAGGAGCUGGGGGAAAUGGGUGUCCGAAAUCCGGGAGCCGCGGAAGAAAUCCCGCAUUUGGCUCGGGACAUUCCCGACGGCGGAGAUGGCGGCGCGUGCGCACGACGUCGCCGCGCUCAGCAUCAAGGGGGCCAACGCGACCCUCAAUUUCCCAGAUAAUACAAAAUAGAAUAUAGGUAGGGGAAAAGGUGAGUAGGAAUAUUCUUGG